AUGUUUUUGGCAUGCUGGAUCGUAUUACUUAUGCCCCAGUUAAUAGAACAAUGGAGACUUAAAUCCGCAGAAGGUAUUGCCAUUGGGUUCAUUUCGAUUUGGUUUCUCGGCGAUGUCUUUAACCUCACUGGAGCCUUUCUCGCUCAUCUUUUACCCGAAGUUGUGUUUCUUGCCGUAUGGUUCUGUUUUGCUGAUUUUCUCAUGAUCUUCAGUUACGUCUAUUAUACUUAUAUCUAUAAGAAGCACCAUCAUCCUCAUCACGAUAGAAGUCGUUCGUCAAACAGUUUGUCUCCAAACAAUUCUCAUCAUCAUCCUCACCACCAUCAUCACCAAUUGGAACAUGAUGCUGCUGACGAGAAUGAAGCUUUAUUGAGAAGACGCAGCAGUACCAUAACAAACAUUGCAUUGGAACCCUCAAACCAUUCUAUUUGGACAAGAUAUGUUCUUCCAAUUUUUUUCGUGGUAGCAGCAGGUGCGAUGGGUUAUUUCGUCAGUACUCCCUCUAGCCAAUCAUCUCCACCAAAUGGUGAACUUCCAGCUCCAAUUGAUGACGGCGGAAUUAAUGUUUUGGCUCAAAUCUUUGGAUAUUUGUCUGCUAUUCUUUACUUGGGAGCUCGGAUUCCUCAAAUCAUUCAAAACUAUCAACGGAAAUCUGUCUAUGGUUUAUCCUUGUUGUUCUUCUUGUUCCUGACCUUGGGUAACUUGACAUAUGCUGGUCAAAUCUUAUUCUACAGAUCUGAUAGUAAGUACAUUUUGUUGAAUUUGAGUUGGCUUUUGGGAUCCUUAGGUACCAUCUUUGAAGAUUGUAUCAUUUUUGCACAAUUUUAUGUGUAUGGUGAUAAUGAGGGUAAAGAAGUUGAUGACCAUGAAGCCAUCAUUGGUUAA